UUUUGUUCCUUUGUGAAACGUUGUAAUAUUUUAAGUCAAAUAAUACCUAAUACCUUAGUUGAUGCUGUUUGAUCAAAGCUAAAACAACGAUCAAAAUGUCAGCCCAUGAUCAGGUUAGGGCUAUGCUGGAUGAGUUGAUGGGGACAUCAAGGGAUGGAGGCUUUACAUAUGCGAAGUCUAGACAGAAAUAUAGCAAAGCUGAUGGUCGCUGAGCCGCGAUACUUCACGAUGUCAGAUGAAAUUCGAUGAUCCUAGAGUAUGUAAAAGUUUCCUUCUUGGCUGCUGCCCACAUGAUAUUCUCUCGAGUACGAGGAUGGAUCUUGGAGAGUGCCCCAAAUAUCAUGAUGUGGCUUUGAGGGCUGACUUCGAAACUGCAUCCAAAAAAAAAGAUUACUUCUAUGAUAUUGAUGCUAUGGAGCACCUGCAGACAUUCAUUGGUGAGUGUGAUAGGAAGACAGAGAUGUAUAAGCGACGUCUGAAGGAAACACAGGAAGAACUCUCUGAGGAGGCAAACAGUAAGGCAGAAUCAAUUCAUGGACUAGGAGAGGAAAUUGGGACCAAGCUUGCUCGUGCCGAGGCUAGUGGUGCGGAGGGUAAAGUUGAGGAAUCCAUGCAGCUACUAAAUGAAGUUGAGGAACUCAAGAAGAGAAAAUCACUUGCUGAACAAGAAUACAAGAAUUCUAUGCCAGCAUCCAGUUAUCAACAACAGAAACUGCGAGUAUGUGAGAUCUGUUCAGCAUACCUUGGUAUCCAUGACAAUGACAGAAGAUUGGCUGAUCACUUCGGGGGUAAACUACAUCUUGGCUUCAUCACAAUCAGAGAUAAACUUGCAGAUCUGAAAGCCACACAUGCUGACCGUAUACGACAACGAGGUGAGGAGAGAGAGAAACAGAGACAGAGGCGUGAAGAGGAGAGAAAGAAGGAUGACGAUGAUAGGAGGAGGACAAGGAGUAGGAGCAGGAGCAGGAGAAGGUCACGGAGCAGGAGUAGAUCCAGGAGGAGGAGGUCCAGAUCUAGAUCAAGGAGGUCAAGAUCUAGGUCAAGACAUUCAAGGAAGAAGUCAAGGAGGAGGUCGAGGUCCAGAGACAGGAAAUCAAGGUCGAGGUCAAGAAAGCGCUCUAGACGAUCACGGUCCAGAUCUAGGUCUCGGCGCCAUAGAAGCAGUUCUAGGAGCAGAUCUCGACACAGGAAAUCGCGAAGGAAGUCUCGUUCUAGGUCAAGGUCAAAGUCAGCAAAACGAAGUAGUGAGAGCGUUGAGAAGAAUGGCUCUAAGUCGUCUCCAGAACAUCCAGCUAUUGAAGACUAUUAGUAUACAUUAAAUCAUUGACAAUACUUAAUGCAAGUUUCUGCUGUCUUAAUUCCAGAAUUCAUGAUUGAUAAUUUAUUGUAUACAAUUAUUUCUCGCAUCAUAUGUCAUAAUGCUUCAUUAAAUCCUUCAUAGAUAUAAAUUAGCAGAUUUUCUGCCUUAGAUUCAUUAGAAUGAUAAGAUCUACAAAGAUACAGGAUUUAGUAGAUAUUUAGAAACCCCAAAAAAUAGACAUAAAAUAUAUUUUUUCUUUCUCCAAGGUGUAUAAAUGUUGCAGUGUUGUCAUUCAAUCAUUUUAUCAAAUCAUGAUACUGUGUUUUUUGUAAAUAUGUAUUUUGAAAAUCAUACUUUCAUUAUUAGGGUCUUAAUUUAUAAAUAGAAAUAAUCAAUUUUGCUUUGUACUCAUUGUAAAUUCCCAAGUUCUUUGUCUAUGCAGGAGAUGCUUAUAUUCAAAUAGAUAAAAGAAACUUUUUUGGCAAGUAAAUGUACCAGAUUUGAUGGCUAAUGAACUUGUAGCAGAUUAUGCAACAAAAAUAUUAAUUUUUUGGUAUCUCAUUAUACAAGUACUUGUUUUCAGAAAAAGCGAAAAAAAUUCUCAUGUGUUAAUGUUUUUGCAAAAUUUUAGACACCAGUAGAUUCCUGGGCCUGUGGUUAUCAGUGUUAAAAGCCUGAAACAAAUGAUUAAAUACUAAAUUUUCCUUUUGCUUUUACAUUGUUUCAUUAGCAGCGAGUAAGGAAAGUUUGCAUGAAAAUUCAUUUUGUAGCUACAGUCAGCUAUGCAAAAUUUUAUUAGAAUAGAUUUACUACAAACAAAGUUUAAUAUUAUGUCUUGAAUAUUUGCUUAUGUCUAAAAGAUCAGAUUUUAAACAUUGAUGAUAAUGGCCUAGUAUUUACAUAGAAAACUCGGAGUUUCAUGCAUUUGAAAAAAAAAUGAUGGUUAGACACAGUUACAUAAGGAAUGAUGAGUUACUUAAACAAAUUAUGUAAAGGGGUUAAGGGGAGACUAAUCAGUUUUUGAAGAAGCCAGGGUAAUAGUUGCUGCUGGAGGAGAAUUAACACAUUAUCAAGGCAGCCACAUUUGCGUGUUUUCUGAUAAACAGUGGUUUUGGAACCGGAUUUGUGUAACUUACGUUUAUUUCAGUAAAACUUUGGUAGCAAGCUACUUAAAUAUUCCACCUGCCAUGGGUAUUUGACUGUCGGCAGCAAAUGACAAAAGAUGCCAAGAUUUAGUUUUAAGGAAGUUUCACACAUGUUGCUUCAGUUCUACCCAGUUGAUUUGUCUGGGUUAAAACAGUUGCAUAAAAAGGAGGAGUGUAAUCCCCUCUAACGUUAUAUUGUUCUGAUGUGUUGUUAAAUGUCUAUAUUUUCUGAGGUGUUCAGUUGAUACUCUUUAAGCAAAUUAUUAAUUAACUUUUAGCCUGCUGGCGGCGAGUGAUUCUGCCUUUGCAAUCAGUGAUCAAUUCAUGGCCUGCAAAUGUUCCCUAUCAUUCAGUAAAUUUUCAGUGAACACCCCUUUGAUAAACAGGUGGUACUGCCCAAAUUGAAAGAUGGGCAUGUCCAUUUUAGAAAUUUAACAGGGUGAAGGUUAUCAAACAGUUGAUGCUAGCUUAGUGUGCACAUGUGUAUUAUUUUAACAAUUUAAUACCGUUUGAAGAAAAACAUGUACAUAUGUAUCAUGAUUAAAUGUUUAACUGUUAAUAAAUCACAUGUUCUGAUCGUUGAAGGCUACUUCAGGUUUCUAAUUAAAUUGGUAUACUUUUUUGCACUGAGAGAAAACAUGAUCUAUUUUUUCAUAAAGCUAAUAUCGUUUGUAAAUGUUUGAAUGAAUGGAAGUUGUCUAGCUGCACUUGAGAUAAGUAAACUAGAUUUUUGAUCUAGGCGUCUUCCUCCAUAUGAUAUCAGCACCAGUGUUAGUCAUUAAUGGUUGGUAAUUAAUAGACACAUCCAAAUUUAAAAGCCAUUUAAAUAUCUCACUUGUAGAAUAAUUUCUCUAUGAUCUGUUAAUGAAUAUCUUGCAAAAUUUAUAAGAUUUUCACAAUUUCCAAGAAACCAAUUCAGUUUUUGGUGUUUAAUACUUUGUAUAGAAACAUUUUCAUUUUUGUACCAGUUUUUUGUAGUAAUAUAGGUACUUUUUUCAAAGCAGUCGAUUUCUUUUUCAGUAUUUUAAAGUUAAUAAAUUGUCACAGUAGUUAAGAACCAAUUUUCUCAAGAUAUGAUAUUUUUAGGUUAUAAUUUUUGGCACAAGUUGAUUUCGUAUUGAAAUGGAAGUUUUCAGUCUUUAUUUUGUAGCUAUGAAAAUAUGGAAAGCUUGUUAUGUAUUAUUACAUUGUAUGAUCUUAUUAAAACUGGUAUUAUGUAAAAAUUUCUGUAAAUUAUUGUUUUAUUCAGAGUUUUCAAAACCUGAAAUAAUUGUAAACCAGUGGAAAUAAACAUUUGUUUUAGAAAA